AUGAACAUUACGAAUGAUUCUGAUAAUAUUAAUGAAAAUAAUAAUGAAAAAAAGGAUUAUUUAGUAAAAUCUACUACUUUUCUUAAUAAUGAAAAGAUUUUUGAAUGUUCUUCUAAGAUAGCAUCAGCUGAUAAAAUUAAAAUCAAUGAUGAAAGUGUUGAGAUAUUAAUGAGUAAUAAUAAUUUAACUGAUCAUAUAAUAAGUGUAAUGGGCCAUGUCAAUACUUUUUUUACUAAAAAAAUAAAUGACAAAAAAGGAAAAUAA